CAAUUCUUUAUUAUCAAUCUGUGAUCAAAGUCUAAUUUAUCUCCUCUCUGUCCUACCGGAAGUGAAUGAGGCUCAUCUUUUUUUUCUAAACAAAAAUGUGAUUUUUGUGAGUUUUUUUACCAGCCUCUCUUUGACAAAACAAGAGAAUAGAAAAUUAAGUUGCCUGGGGCAGCGCGGAGAGUGUAAAAGAAACCUACUGAGUAGUGUCUUUUUGGCGCCACUCUCCCGAAAAUUGCGGCGGCUGUGUGGCAGCGAAAGUGAAAGGCUGGGAGGUUUCUACAGGGAAACGAUGGCGGAAGAAGUAGAAGCACCGCCGCAGCAGCAGCAGCUCAACACGGGAACUGAUCCUCAGCCGGACGAAGCCUCCUCCCAAUCUUGGCCGCUCAUCAACUACGCUCUUCCGCCGUAUCGCAGUUAUCAUUUUUACAGCCAAUUCCGAACCCCUUCAAACCCUAACAACUUUUUAAAGGGCGUCAGAUGGUCACCUGACGGUUCUUGCUUCCUCGCUUGCUCUGAUGACAACACUCUUAGUAUAUUCUCAUUACCCUAUGACGAAAGUGGAUACCUUGUGGCUGAUAGUUCAGCAGCUAAAGAUACUGAUUCCUAUUCAGCAAGUGUAGAAAUUAGUGAGGGAGAGUCCGUUUAUGACUACUGCUGGUAUCCUUGCAUGUCGUCUUCAAGUCCAGAUACAUGUGUCUUUGCUACUUCCACUCGUGACCACCCAAUUCAUCUUUGGGAUGCUUAUUCUGGACAGCUACGUUGUACAUAUCGCGCUUAUAAUGCAGUGGAUGAAAUCACGGCUGCCUUUUCGAUUGCUUUCAACCCUUCAGGGACAAAGAUAUUUGCAGGUUACAACAAAUCUCUCAAAGUGUUUGAUAUUCAUCGACCCGGAAGAGAUUAUGGACACCAUUCUACUAUUGAUGGUAAAAAAGAAGGGCAAUCAGGAAUUAUAUCCUCAAUUGCUUUCUCUCCAAGCCAUAAUGGAUUGCUAGCUACCGGUUCAUAUAGCCAAACCACUGCAAUGUAUAGAGAAGAUAACAUGGAAUUGCUUUAUGUAUUGCAUGGCCAAGAAGGUGGUGUCACACAAAUGCAAUUUUCAACAGAUGGAAACUACUUGUAUACUGGAGGGCGUAAGGACCCUUAUAUUCUCUGCUGGGACAUUCGGAACACUGUUGACAUUGUUUACAAGCUCUACAGAUCAUCUGAAACUACCAACCAGAGGAUUUAUUUUGAUGUUGAACCUUACGGUCACCACCUUGGAACCGGUGGGCAGGACGGUUCAGUUCAUAUAUAUAAUCUACAAACGGGAGAAUGGGUAUCAAGCUUUCAGGCUGCAUCAGAUACUAUCAACGGUUUCUCCUACCAUCCUUUUCUGCCAAUGGCUGCAACUUCAUCGGGGAACCGAAGAUUUGUAGGAUUCGAUGACUCUUACGAAGAGGAUUUACUUCUCACAGAAAAUGAAAACUGUGUGUCAGUGUGGAGCUUCUAUUCACACACUGGGAGUAGUAUUGAUUCUGGAGAUUUAGACACUGAAGAUGGCGGCGAGCAUUCUAAAGGUUUUAGUGGCCAACCAGAAAUGGAACAACCUUAACCAAGUGGGACUUACCUAAGUUGAACUUAUUUGAGUUUAAUUUAAUUUUUUUUAGUUCAGUUCAUACUUUCUCAACUUAAUGACACAUAGUGAGUCAAUGCAUCGGCUUCUGCUAUUCGAACUUGGGUAAGCUUCCUCAUAAAUUGUAUUUAAUUAA